AACUCCUCAUCAUUACGAAUGGCGAGCUGGAGGUAAAUAGGGGAAAGGCUCAUUCAUACGAUUGCGCGUUCUUGCUGCCGCUGGCUUUGCCUCCAGACUUGCCUCCAGUCAUUUUUGUGGUUGAAAAUGGUUUGACGAGAUUCGAAAAUAUGAAGAGAAAGGGUUAUUCAGGUCGUCGAUGAAACACGAUAGCAAUGGUUUGGGUACGGUGUCAAAAGUAACUGGCCAGCGCGAGGAAGCGGCGGACAUUUAUAACGACGCGGUGAGGGUGACGUUGGGCCGCCUAGACGCCCUUCAGAUCACCCUCUCGCUUAGCGGGGUUGGCCAAUCACAGUGGAGAUCAUCGUCCGAGGCAUCCAUAGCUUGGCCAGAUGCGCCUGCCAUGAUUCCGUGUAAAGUUGUUGUGGUAUUGUUCCUAAUAUGGUUAAGCGUCGUAAUCUAUGAAUAUAUCUUUCAAUACUGUCAUCUUGCUGUGAUCUUAGUCAUUUGUCCACGGCUGGAGACGCGUUUUCCCUCACCUAAUCAUACAGAUCAUACACAACCGUGACAGUAUUGAAAUUCUGCUUCCUUUGCACACCCAGGAUCAACUGCACUUUCGCAGGCUAGUAUAAGU